AUGACGCGUAAGGUGCUCAGUAACACUCGCGAGCGCUGGCGUCAGCAGAGCGUGAACACGGCGUUUGCGGAACUCAGGAAGCUCAUCCCGACUCAUCCUCCUGAGAAGAAGCUGAGCAAGAAUGAGAUCCUGAGACUGGCCAUGCGUUACAUCACCUUCCUGCUCACGCUGCUGGAGAACCAGAGAGACGGAGAACACUCGUCCUCCACCCUCAUCACACUAAUCACGGGGAACAUGAGGAACCUGAGCUCACAUACAGAGACACACUCGCCUGGAUCCGGCAGUGACGGUGCAGAGACCUGGUAGAACCAACUCAACAGUCUGGAGAACUUGAAGAACCUGCUGCAGCUACACAGACUGUAUGAGAACAAUGCACUGAGUACGCGUGAUCUAGAGUCUUCAUAUUCAUUUCACAGACAGGAUCUAGAAUGUUCUCUGUAACUUCCCUAGAACCUAUCUAAUUUGUUGUUUUUUUACACAAAAUCUGCAGUACUUACAAAAAUCUAUCAGUCUAGAACCCCUGCAGGGGCUCCAGGAAUCAUCUAGAACAUCUGCUUUCAUUGCAGACAGAAUCUAGAACCUUCACUCCACCUUAAUGUAGAUUUUUAAAAUUCUUAUUUCAUUUUGAAUGAACAGACCAGCCCAACGGAACCUCGGCUGUAAAUUUACCUUCAAAAUCUAGAACCUCUGCGGUUCUGUAGAAAGCCUGGAACCUCUGCUGCAAAUGCCUACGGAAUCUAGAACCUCUGCUAUAUUUACGAAGAGAGAAUCUAGAACCUCGAUUGUAAUAAUGAGGAAUCAAGAUCAACACAGGAGGAGAACUGAAUCUAGUUCUUUUACUAGAACUAUAACCAGAUUUACAAGUUCUUCUGAAUAGAAGUUCUACAAGCUGAAAACACACACGUGUAUAUAAUAUACACACACACACACACACACACAAGAACCCUCCCGGCUAACGCAGAACAUUGCUGUAGAGUUCAGUAAUGUAUCAGAUUUGAAAGAUUAGGCUGAAACUUAAGUUGUGUAAACGUUGUGUAAACGUUGUAUGAAUAUUGCAGCAGCGUUGUAGGAACGUUUCAACAUUUAUAGACCAGCUAAAUUCAGAAGCGGUUCUACGUUUAGGAUCUACACCAGGUUUAAAUCGGUCCAGGAUCUGAUCUGGUCCUCAUGCCGCGUUUAGAGUUUAUUUAAUAUUUAUGGCAUUUAUUUAUUCUCAUUAUGGAUUUUUUUUUAACAAAAAAUGAAGAAAAUCCUGUUUUUCUUUUUAAAGCUAAAUUAUUUAUUUGUAUUUAUUCCUGUUUCAUAUUUAAGACUGUUAUCAGUGAGUCCUGUCCUGAUGACUCUGUAAAUUAUCAUUAUUUUUAAAUUAUUUGUUAAUUUAUUGAACGGAAAUAAAAGUAUUCAACGUGCCCUUUUAAUUUUUUAAUUUUUUUACAUAAAUGUAGCCAAAGAUUGUUGAUAUUUCUGCGCAGUAUCUCUGUUCAUACGGUUCGGAAUGUAUUAUUUAUUGGAGACUUAUUGUUUAACACUUAUUUAUUGUAACACUUUAU